UUUGUAUUUUUGAGGAAGAAAAUAAUAUUCCUUUGGCUCAGUACUUUCUGAGCCAAAAUAAGUGCUGCCAUAAUAUUGUGCUUGCUUGUCUGGCUGACUUCUUCUCACUUUCCAUUGUAGAUGUUUACUGGUGGUGAUAAUCUCACAAAGAAGAACCAGACUGAGCCCUGAAUCUGAGGCUGCUCCUUUUAUCUGGAGUCAACAAGCCUUGUUUGAAAGCCCAGUGGAUCAAUGAUUAUAAAGACACCAAGUGAAAGGUACCUGAUUGAACCCUCUGGAGACCAAGAAUGGAGUGAGAGAUCCACUUCAUCCUUACAACAGACAUCAAGUGACAGGUACCUGACUGAACCCUCUGGAAACCAAGAAUGGAGUGAGAGAUCCACUUCAUCCUUACAACAGACACCAAGUGAAAGGUACCUGACUGAACCCUCUGGAGACCAAGAAUGGAGUGAGAGAUCCACUUCAUCCUUACAACAGACAUCAAGUGACAGGUACCUGACUGAACCCUCUGGAAACCAAGAAUGGAGUGAGAGAUCCACUUCAUCCUUACAACAGACACCAAGUGAAAGGUACCUGACUGAACCCUCUGGAGACCAAGAAUGGAGUGAGAGAUCCACUUCAUCCUUACAACAGACACCAAGUGACCUGACUGAACCCUCUGGAGACCAUGAAUGGAGUGAGAGAUCCACUUCAUUCUUACAACAGACAUCAAGUGACAGGUACCUGACUGAACCCUCUGGAAACCAAGAAUGGAGUGAGAGAUCCACUUCAUCCUUACAACAGACACCAAGUGACCUGACUGAACCCUCUGGAGACCAUGAAUGGAAUGAGAGAUAAAUUCUCAAAAUUCUCAAAUUUUCAAAAUUCUCAUUAUUUCCUGGAAUAUCUUAUUUUGAUUAUUUUAUUUUUCCAUUUUUAAUAAAUAAUGCCUUCUUUUACAGGUGGGAAUAAGAGACGCACGUGGACAGAUGAUGAAGUGAAGGCUGUUGAGCGACAUAUAUUUGAUUUCAUAACAAGCCAUAAAGUUUCAGGUAAAACGAGCUGGGAGUCCUGUCUCCACGCAGAGCCAGCAGCUCUGAAAGACAGAGGCUGGGUGUCCAUCAAAAACUACAUCCACAACAGGAUAUAACU